AUGGGAAGAAAGAGGAAGAUGGCUGGCCCAACAUCGCCCACGCCGGUGGCGAGAAACCUUCGGAGUAACACACGGAUCGAGGAAUCAGGCGCAGUCACCGCCGUCUCGCAAGUGGAAAACCAAGGAGGACCUCAGAGACUAAACAUCUAUGCGAAAGCAAAUGUCAUCGGCCAAGUGGUUGCGGCGUUGCAAGGGCAUGAGGAGUUGGAACAUCUCCGGCAAACGCAGUUCGCCGGAUUGCUGAUCUUCCGGACAAUUUCUCCCUAUGAUUUGACUGCUGCUAACCCUGGUGCUGUGAUUUCGCAUCCUUUCCUCAAAGGAUCGAAUUACGAUGACGGGGCUAUCGGUUUGAAGACAGCUCUUUCUUCUCGAAGGAAGUUUUGCUUCCUUGAUGGAUCCAUUGCUCGGCCAGCUGAUGGAUCUUCCAAUCACGACGACUGGUGGACGAUUCAAGCCUUGCUUGUAUCGUGGAUCAAGAUGACCAUUGAUCCUGCUCUUCGGUCCAACAUCUCUCAUCGUGAUGUUGCGAAAGAUCUGUGGGAUCAUCUAAAGAAGAGGUUCACGGUGACUAACAGACCUCGGAUUAACCAACUCAAGGCGGAAUUGGUUGUUUCAAGCAGCGUGGACUUGCCAUUAACGCUUACUAUGGAAAGAUAA